UAGGGCUGCAGAACGGAAACAGAAGCGAGGAGUCAAAAUGGCGUCUUUGCUCGUCUCUCCUCCUCUUCCCUCUAGACUCCGCUCCUCUCUCGCGCUGUCCUCAUGCUUCCCAAUCCCCCACCUCGUCUUCGCCCGAUACUUCCCGUGGCGCAACGAUCCUUCGAGGCGUGGAGCUCUCGCUUGCUUCGCCCUCGCGGAGUCCGAUUUCGCUAAAUCGGGGGGCGGUGACAGCAGCGGAGACGGACAAGGAGGAAGCGACGAUGAGGAUCUACUCCCCCUCCUCCGCGACCUAGCUGAUAGCUUUGUUCUCCCUCCGGAUUACCUAUCGAAGCUCCCUCGCGAUCUCCGUCUCGAUUUGAAUGAUGCUGCCUUUGAUCUCUCGAACGGACCUAUCUUGGACGAGUGUGGCGAAGAGUUGGGGAAUUUGCUUCUGAAUAUUUCAAGAGCAUGGGAACAAGCUGAUACUUCGACGUCCAAUCGCCUUGCCAGGCAGUUGCCAUCAAUGGAUCGCCUCUUGACAGAGAAAGCUAAAGCAUCAUUUGGCAAACGGUUGGUAGCAGCUGGAAGGAGAUUUCAGGCGAUGGGGCAAUACGGUGAUGGAGAGCUGCAAAAGAUAGCCACAGUGAUGAUUAAGACUGGCAAACAGCUAUCUAGAUUUCCUGUCAUCAAAACAGCUGAAAAAUCUAAAUCAGAAACCAGGGCUUUUAAGUUUGGUGAAUUACAGGUUGCAUUGACUUCUGAAAAGGCUUAUAUUGGUGCUGGAAUUGGUCUUAUUUUUGGGGUUAUUUCAUGGCAGCUAAGUCAAGGCAUCCAAAGCAUACCAGAAAGCUCUCUAGAAUAUGCAAAUGAUAAUGCAUUGCUGUUGGCAAAGUCACUGAGAGGAGCUCUUCUAGUGAUAUUCUAUUCAUCGACGAUUCUAUCUGCAUUUGCAUCAGUAGGGCUUGUGUUGCUUGGAAGACAACUGAGUUCUGAAAACAAAUGAAUGUGAAUGUUAUUUCUAUAAGGUGGAUCUGUGAUUCUCAGAUUGAAGUCUUUGAAAAAAUCCUUUGCUACCAAUGGCAGAAAAUCGUAUGAAAGCAACGCAUUUCAGUCUUUCAGAUGAGUGUCUUGCAGCCGAGUGGUGUAUCUACCGACAGGAGGACGAAGCGACUUCAUCAGUAUGCUUCAGGUGACAUAACAAGGCUACAACCUUUUGUUGAUCUUUUAAUCUCUUCUUAACUCUUCUUUUCUAUAACAAGAUGUUAAGUUUCAGUUAUGGAAGUGUUUUUGGUA